CAGUUCAAGCCUCUCCCCAUCCUGUGAUCCCAGGCUUUAAGUUUCCUUUAGCAGUAAGCUCUGACACACAUCAUUUGGUUUAUUUGUGCCACUGUGAGAAGACCUCAAAAGACACUCCAGCCAUGGCGUCUGGAUGCGUCCUUGCUCUGAUGAUCAUUGUUGUUCUGUUGAAUAUCUUUGCAGCGGCUGCAGGACUGGCGUUAUUUGCAUUAGCCAUUUGGGUGGCUGUCGAUCCAUAUAAAUUGUACGCAAUAGCUGCCGUAUCGGGGAAGGAUGAUAUCUUCGCAGGAGCCUGGAUAGCCAUUUUCACCGGCUUUGCCUACUUUUGCACUGCCAUCUUUGGUAUCUACGCCGCUCUGAAAAAGAAACGGUCACUCAUGCUGGUGUACCUGAUCCUCAUGUUCAUCAUCUUCCUGUUCGAAUGUGCAUCCUGCAUCACAGCAGUCACCCACAGAGACUAUCUGGUUGGAAACAGUAAUCUGGUGAAGAGUCAGAUGCUGAAGUACUACGCGGACAACAGCAACCAAGGAAUGGACAUCACCAGAACUUGGAACAAAGUAAUGGUAGAUGGUCAAUGCUGUGGGACUGAUGGCCCACUGGACUGGAUGGAGUACAGUUCCACCUUCAGGGAGAUGUACAACAUGAGCACAAACCCCUGGCCCCUUAGCUGCUGCCAACGUCAGAGCAGCUUGGAUGUGGCUGAUCAAACUGGCUGUAUGCUUGGCCAAACCAGUGCAGUAUUCGUCAAGGGUUGUUUCAACUACAUCGAGUCUGUGUUAAGCCGUUAUACCUGGUCUGUGAGCUGGUACGGCUUUGCCGUGCAAAUGUUGGUGUUUUUCCUCAUGCUGUUAGCCACGGUGUACACCAUAUUCCUGGAAUAACGUCAUCAAACACCUAGUCUGGCUUACAAUAUCUUAUCAAAUCUAAGAGUGUAAUAAUUUCCUGCAAGAUUUUGUUCAUUUAUAACAUUCCUGGCAUUGGAACAAUGUCACACAUGACUUGCUGUUUCUGCCUCCUGCUGCCUAGAUCUUCCUUCAAGGAAAACAUUGAUGAUGAACUCUGAUUGCACAAUAUUUAUAGUUUACAGUUUAAGUGCUUGUAACAUGUUUUGUGUUGGACUGGCAUGAUUGUGGCUUUGUUCCUUUUGAACGGUCAUGGGUUUUCAUUCUAGAUUUCAUUACAUUCUUUAAAAGAACAGUCCAGUUCAGGGGUUUUCUCUUAUAGCAGCUGUACAUUUACAGUAAUAUAUACAUAUAAUUAUGAUACAUGAUAAAUCAGUUACAUGUGUGAAUAUGUGUACUGUUGUAAUGAUGUUAAUAAUAAACACUGAAGUACC